AUGCCCCAAUACAACAGUAAGCGGGAGGAGGUGGUACAGGCCAUCAUGCCCCCCUACCGGCAAGCAGCAGCGCAGGCGGUGGCACGCAACCUGGUAAUCGACCUGGUCCAGGAGCUGCACAAGGCAGUCCAGGACAACCCCUGGCUACAGGAUCAUCAAGACCUACUGACGAGGGAUGGGCUGGCGUGGAAAGAAGUGGCGUACAAUAACGCGGUGCACAGCAGCACCGGUUUUGCUCCCUUCCGGGUGGUGCACAGUCUGGACUUCGUCCCAAUCCCUGAGUAUAAAAAAGGGGACCCCUCGCCCUGUCAACCUCAGGAUUGGAUAACGCACAUUGGGGGAGGUAACGUGAAGAAGGCCUUAGUAAAGGCCAAGGAGGCCACAAAAGCACAGGCCAAUAAGAAAAGGAGGCCCCAAAAGCCUUUUCGGGCCCGUGAAAGGGGUGCCAGGGCCUGUCAUGGGGGACCAUUACGAGAUACAGGAGAUCCUGGACUCUCGGAUCCGAUGGGGACGGCUACAGUACCUCGUGUGGUGGACGGGUUACCCUAUUACAGAGGCGUCCUGGGGUUGUGGGCGGAGGAUAAUCCCCCGGGCUUUGCUGCCCACCACCCACCGGUGAUUGUGGAGUUGAAACCAGUAGCCGCGCCUGUGCAUAUUCGCCAGAGGUCAUGUUCUAAUGAGGCUAUAGUGGCAAUAUAUGAGAGUAUUCAAAGGUAUCUGAAGGCAGGGAUUUUGGUGCCUAUUCAGUCGCCUUGGAAUACCCCCAUAUUGCCCAUUAGGAAGCCAGAUGGAUCCUACCGCCCGGUCCAAGACCUCCGGGUCAUCAAUUCCAUGACAGUGACCAUUCACCCUGUUGUGCCCAAUCCAUACACUUUAUUGAGCCUGAUUCCACCCAAAGCAGCGUGGUUUUCCGUUAUAGACCUGAAGGACGCGUUUUUCACGAUCCCAAUUCAUGAGGCAAGCCAACCCUUGUUUGCCUUUGAAUGGGAAAACCCUAGGACUGGAUUGAAAUCACAAUACACUUGGACAAGGCUGCCACAGGGUUUUAAGAACUCACCUACCCUGUUUGGUACUGCCUUGGGAAAGGACUUACAGCAUUUUGUGCCUUGGCAAAGGGGGGAUACCCUGUUGCAAUAUGUAGAUGAUGUGUUGGUCACAGGUCAGACAGAGGACACCUGUUGGGACAAUACAGCCUCCUUGUUGGGUUUGUUGUCCCAGUGUGGUUAUAGAGUGUCUAGGAAAAAGGCCCAAUUGGUGAAGCAGAAGGUGCGUUAUUUAGGGUAUGAUAUUGAGCAUGGACAUAGAGCCUUGGGAUGGGAAAGAAAGCAGGCAGUUUUGGCCAUAGCUGAGCCCACAAACCGGAGACAAUUACGAGGUUUUCUGGGCUUGGCUGGGUUUUGCCGCAUAUGGAUUCCAAAUUACGCCCUUAUGGCAGCUCCGUUAUAUGCAGCUACAAAGGGGGGUGAACAUGAGUUGUUUUGCUGGGAGGGAGAACAGAAAAAGGCUUUUAGGGAUGUGAAGCUGGCACUCACGUCAGCUCCAGCCUUGGCUUUACCAAAUCUGGAAAAGGCGUUUAAUUUGUAUGUGGAUACUAGGGAUAAUGUGGCUUUAGGAGUCUUAACACUAGGCCAGUGGCAACGGCCGGUAGCAUAUUUGUCUAAACAAUUGGAUGGAGUGGCACAGGGAUGGCCACAUUGUUUGAAGGUCCUUGCUGCUAUAGCAGUCUUGCUGCAGGACUGUAAUAAAUUGACCUUCUCAUGUCCUGUAAAUGUACACACUCCCCAUGCAGUGCAGGCCAUUUUAGAUAACAAAGGGCAUCUGUGGAUAAGCAAUCAAAGACUUUUUAAAUAUCAAGCUCUAAUGAUUGAAAAUCCACAAGUAAGGUUGAUUGUCUCAAAUCGGCUGAAUCCAGCCACUUUGUUGCCAGGAGACAUCAAUAUGGAACAUGAUUGCUUGCAAGUGUUGGAGAGUGUUUAUUCUAGCAGGCAUGAUUUGUCGGACAUCCCUAUGCAGGCAGCUCAACUCAAUUGGUAUACGGAUGGGUCCAGCUAUAUGCAUGAGGGAAAGAGAGUUUCAGGCUAUGCUAUAGUGGAUGAUGAAAAAGUGGUGGAGAGUGGGCCUUUGGGCCCUGAACAUAGUGCACAAGUGGCUGAAUUGUGGGCAUUACUUAGAGCAUUGGAAAGAGCUGUGGGUGAAACUUUGAAUGUGUGGACAGACAGUAAAUAUGCUUUCCUAACUUUACAUGCACAUGGGGCUGUGUACAAAGAGAGGGGAUUUCGUGACUCAGCAGGAAAAUAUGUACAACAUGGACACCUCAUUCAACGCCUCCUUAAUGCAGUGCAGAUGCCAACUAAAGUUGCAGUUAUGCAUUGUAAGGGGCACCAGAGAGGAGUAGAUAAGGUGGCACAAGGGAAUAGGAGGGCAGAUUUGGAAGCUCGGAGUGCUGCUAGGAGAGGAGAGUCUACCAUAGACCUCUCCAUACAUGUGGCCAUGGAUCUGGGAGUUAUACCCCCGACAAUCCGACCAACGUAUUCCCAGCAAGAAUGUGUUAAGGCAGUUACAGAUCUUAAGGCAACUCUUAAGGAUGGGUGGUAUGUGUUAUUGGAUGGGCGCAUCUUCGUUCCACAGUCCUCAGCUUGGGCUUUGGUUCAAUCGUCGCAUGAUGCUACCCAUAUGG